AUGAACCUGCUCGCCCGCCUCCCAUCAGGUGAUCGGGCUACGAUCUCUGAUCUUCUUGUCGCAGCAUUCGACCAAGGCCUUGUUGUUCAACAUUUCAAGGGGAAUUCUGCCCUUUUCGGUAGCUCAUUUCGACAAGUAGAUGCUAUCAAAAUGCUGGUAGUAGUGAUGUUCCACGGCUACCCUGGAAUCCCAAUGGAUGAAUUUAUAAAUGCUGUUGCUGCCGAUACCUGUGUAGCUGAUGAGCCGGCUGCAAAAGAACUUGAGAGGCGCGACGGUACAUAUGGACGGGCUAUCGAGAGCGGUUUUGACGGUUGUAAUGCAAGCUGUAUGAGGAAUCAGCUCAACCUUCUUCAACCCAUCCUGAACAGACUAUGGGAUGCAAAGACUGGGUGCCCAAACAAGGUAGCACCAAAGCUCAUAAGGCAUAAGGGAAUUCUGUUCCCAAAUGGGUUAGGAGAGCUUGGAUCCGAUCCUAUCUCGGGGGCGAACCCCACAGAAGUUACUCAAUGGGACAAGUCCGAAGGUGUUCCCGACUAUUGCUGGGCGCUGGCACAACGAAAGGGGAGUGACGGAAGAGUUUACUGUACAGCUGACCGUCUUGAUGUUUUCAAUGUGACCUACUCGGGUUGCCUUGAUCAAGACCCCUGGGCAAUUUGUCGCUACAAUGAUGCACAGCAUUCAGCGGACACCGUGGUGGAAAAGUUCGGUCGAAGUUCCUGCAGGCCUGCGGAGCCGUACACAUACUGGCCAUCAGACUACUCCAAAUCUUCUGACAGAGAGCUGUUUGCUGAGACUGGUGUGGCAUACCUCUAUGACAACAGCGGCAAGACACUGCUCGAGCGAGGAUAUGAUCCAUCCUGCCUAGCAAAUGGGCUUAAGGCGCUGGGCGAGCAUGCAGGGGAGUGA